AUGUGGUUCCUGAGCGACGUCACCAAGAAGAACGGCGGCACGCGCAAAUACCCUGAUUCCCACCGAGGCAACGUCACGCCAGAAAAUAUCUUCGAUAUAGAUGGCAGCGUGACGGCCGAGGGUCCUGCGGGCACGGCUCUCAUCUUCGAGAGCCGCCUCUGGCAUGCAACGGGUCCCAACCGGAUGGACUCUGGCGAGCGCCCUGCCAUCCUUAUUUUCUUCAUGCGUCAGUUCGUUCGGCAGCAGGAGAACAAUGGCUUGUCAUUGCGCAAGGACGUCGAGCCGAAGCUGUCGGAUCGUCACAAGCGGUUCAUGGGCUUCUACACCACUGGCGCUGUUGGUGGAGUCGACGGUGAAGUGCGCGAGGGCGUCUACAUUUUCAGGAAGGACGAUUUCGGACGCAAGAUUCGCGAAAACACAAGCGGAUCCAUGAAUAUGGCGACCCUGAAGUUUCCAGAGCUUUCGACCUAUCGCUACUCCUGUCAGGACCCAGCCAAACGAUGGGCGGUCGAUAAUCCGGCAACCGGCAAAGUCAUCACCACCCUACCGUCUGGCGAUGAGGCGACAGUCGAUCAGGCCGUCCAAGCAUCUCAGGUAGCCUUCAAAGAGCGAUGGCGUCCCCUAAGCCCCAUCGAGCGCGCAGGCUACCUCAUGCGCUGCGCCGACGAACUCGAAAAGCACGUUGACGAACUCGCCACGCUCCUGUGCCUGGAGAACGGAAAGCCCGCCCAGGACGCCAAGAUGUUCGACUUCACUUUCCUCGUCAUGGUCUUCCGCUACUUCGGCGGCCUCGAGCCCUUUGGCGUCUGCGCCGGCAUCCUGCCCUUCAACUGGCCCCCGAUCCACACGGGCGGCAAGAUUGCCCCCGCGCUCGCGGCGGGGAACACCUUCAUCGUCAAGCCCGGCGAGCAGGCCCCGCUGACGGUGAUCCGCAUCUGCGAAAUCUUGGAGACGGUCCUACCGAAGGACGUGGUGCAGGUUGUGCCUGGCCUGGGUCCGGAAGUCCCUUCCGCUCUGGUCGCGCACCCCCUGGUAAAAAAGGUCAGCUUCACCGGCUCGACGGCUGCGGGCGCGGCGGUGGCUAGGACGGCCAGCUCGACCGUGACGCCUCUUGCGCUGGAGCUCGGCGGCAAGAACUCCUUCACUGUCUUCGAUGAUGCCGAUUUCGACUCUGCGGUCCGUAAUGCGCUCGAGGGCGCCUUCUUCAACAAGGGCGAAGCCUGUACCGCCGGGUCGCGCAUCCUGGUGCAGCGCGGGAUCUACGACAGGUUCGUCGAGAAGCUGGCGGCUGGGGUCAGGAAGAUCAGGAUGGGGAAUGGGCUUGAUCCCAGGACUCACGUUGGGCCGCAGGUCUCGAGGGCGCAGCAGCAGCGUCUGCUGGACUAUCUUGCGCUUGGCGAAAAGGAGGGCGCUCGGAUCGCUGCGCAAGCUCGGUUGCCGGAUGAUCCGGAGUGCAGGGAUGGGUUCUUCGUUCCUGCUACACUGUUUGCUGAUGUGGGUGGGGAUAUGAGGAUUGUGAAGGAGGAGAUGUUUGGUUCGAUUGUGACUGUCACGCCAUUCGACACUUUCGAAGACGCUGUCCAUAUCACCAACUCGAUCGAGUACGGCCUGACUGCUAUCGUGUUCACCGAGAACCAACUGAAAGCGAACCGCUUUGUCCGCGCCAUCGAAGCCGGCAUGGUUUGGGUAAACAACUACAACAGGAACGUGUUGGGUACGCCCUUCGGCGGAGUCAAGCACUCUGGCUAUGGCAGAGAGCACUGCAUCGAGACUCUACACGAGUGGACCCAGCCAAAGGCGGUGCAUACGCUUUCUGGUCAGGGGGAACCUCCGAGCUGGCGUGUCGUGACUGAUAUCUUUGGGGCUAGUGGGAGCGAUGCGUCGUGA